AACGGCGCAUGCGCCCUGGGACGCUGGUGGGCGCCUGGCGCAGCUGUCAGCCCCCAGAAGGCGUCUGGACGCAUCGCGACGCGGUCGUCCCCUGAGACGCUUCACCGCGCGCCGUGUGUCUCCGUGCGUGUGCUGCCGUCGUAACACUUUCGCUGUUCGAGAUGCAUCGCUCGAGGAAGGGCAAGAAAAGCGACAAAAAGAAACGGAACAGGCAGCGUCGCGAAAAGAGCGUGGAAAGCGAGAAGACAGAUGAAGAGGUUCCAGAGGACCCGGACAAGGAGAACCUUCCGUACAACGUUGAAGUCUCUGACAUCAUGGGCAGGUACCUGGUGGCUUCACGCGACCUCCAGCCUGGAGACCUGGUGAUGAGGGAGAAGGCUCUCGUGGUCGGCCCCUGCCACGACUCCCCGCCGCUCUGCCUCGGCUGCUACAAGAGGUUCGACGCCGAAAACCGCGGAGACUACAGGUGCCCCGGGUGCGCGUGGCCGCUGUGCGGGCCGCAGUGCGCCGGCCGCGGCCAGGAGCUGGGCCACAGCGCGGCCGAGUGCGCCGCUAUGUCGGCGCACGGCACGGCGCGCCGGCUGCCGGCGCCGCUGGCGUCGCCGGGCGCGCGCCUCUACUACGGCGCCGUCGCGGCGCUGCGCUGCCUGCUGCUCAAGGCGGCGGCGCCGGCGCGCUGGCGCACGCUGCUCACCAUGGAGGCGCACAACGAGCUGCGCAGGCGCAUCCCCAGCCUGUGGCGCCGCAACCAGGAGCUCGUCGUCGACACCAUCCGCUCGCUCUGGGGCAUGGACCACUUCUCCGAGGACGAGAUACACACCGUCUGCGGCAUACUAGAGGUGAACGCCUUCGAGAUCGGGCCCCAUGGGCAGAGCGCGCGCAGCCUGUUCCCGGCGGCGUUCCUCAUGUGCCACGACUGUGUGCCCAACACCAGCCACACGGACGACCAGCAAUGCGUCCUCACCGUCAGGGCGUCCACGCGCAUCCCGCAGGGACGGCCCAUCACGCUCAGCUACGCCUACACCAUGCAGAGCACACUGAAGCGGCGCGAGCACCUGCAGGAGUCCAAGUUCUUCGCGUGCACGUGCGCGCGCUGCGCCGACCCCACCGAGCUGGGCACGAUGGUGGGCGCGCUCAAGUGCCCACGAUGCGCCUGCGACGCCGGCGUCGUGCUCUCCGCGGCGCCGCUAGACCCGGACGCUCCCUGGCGCUGCACCAACGCCAAGUGCCCCGGGUACACCAUCGCCGCCGCCAACGUGCGCAUGCUCAUGGACAGGAUCGCCGAGGAGGUGGAGGCGAUCGACAGCAACGACGUGGAGGGGCUGGAGGGCUUCCUGUCGCGGUACCGCAACGUGCUGCACGACAACCACUACCACCGGCUGGGCGCCAAGCACUCGCUCAGCCAGCUGUACGGCAAGGCCGAGGGCUACACCAUCAACGUGCUGUCCGACGCGCAGCUCAAGCGCAAGCGCGACAUCUGCACCGACAUCCUCUCCGUCUUCGAUGUCAUCGAGCCGGGCUACUCGAGACUGCGAGGUAUCGUGCUGUACGAGCUACAUGCACCCAUCAUGAUCCUGGCAACGCGGCGCUUCGAGGCUCGCACGAUCGGCAAGCGGGAGCUGGGCCGUGACCUCAAGAAGGUGGUACGCUGCCUGGAGGAAGCCAGCCUCAUCCUCGGCUUCGAGCCUGAGGGAUCCUCGGAAGCGCUGAUGGCCGCCGCCGCCAGAGACGCACUCGACCGCCUCAGGGACUGGCAGACCGUCAUCGGCAAGCUCAACGCGUAGCUCGGUGGGCAGCAUUGAACACGAUGGCAGGGAAGCGAGCCACCACCACCAUGUUCUCAGGACAACUGGCUUGGCUCGAGAGAGCUGGAGACGAUCGCUGUUUUAUAGUUCACACAGCUCUCGUUCUACCAAAGAUUUCCGCUGCUGAACAAAUACUUGGAUACAACCACAGGCUUAUAUUUUGCAGUCUGAAUAUGUGGCACUUUCAGUAUAACCAGAAAAUGAAACUGUCACCAAAAUGAGGUGGAACAUCAUUUUUUUUUACUAGCUGAGCCCUUAAGUCAUGUAUAUUAUAGAAAAACCAAAGAAAAAAUUUAGAAUGGCCCAUGUUAAAUGCCAUAAACACACACACACACACAAACACACACACACACACACACAUAUAUAUAUAUAUAUAUAUAUAUAUAUAUAUAUAUAUAUAUUCAUUUUCUCGUAAACACACGAACUAUAGAUUAUUUUCACAUAAAUAGUGAUAAUAUAUUGAAAAAAACACAGUGAAUCUUAAAAACUUAAACUAUCAGUUAGUUUCUUAUGAACCAAAUUCGUAUUUAGUUUGUGUGCAGAGCCAUUACCCUGGCAUUCCACCAGCAUUAGUUUGGCUGUAGUUGCCUGACGUUCCAAAUAGACUGAUACUUUGUCCAGCUGCUUUGUUCUCUCUGUAGGUGUCUUGUCUUCAGAUUGAGCACCAACAUCGACAACUAACCCAUUAUCAUUAUCGCUAUUGUCUGCAGACGAACAAAAGGAGAAAUUUUCAUCAUUAGAAAUCAGACUAUAGUCAGUAUCAUUCUCAUUUCGAAGCAACUCAUUUGUAUCAUAUGUCAGGAUUCAGGGAUGUUUACAAAUUUUUCAGCAGACUGUGACUGGUCGACAUAGUCGCCAGUUUCUUUAUUCGAUGGGCAAUGGCAGUCCACAUAUCUUUCCAAUACCUCAUGAUUGUUGGUUUGUGAAGAUGAUCCCACACAGAUGUAGUCAUAUAAAUGACGUCUUUCGCAUUAAUUGAUUUCAAAACUAUUAUCACACCAUUUUCCCCCUCUUCUUCAACAAUAUUGCAUAAUAUCUGUCUCUUACACAUAUGUUUAACAUUUUCCUGAUAUUUUUUUUCAGUUGAUUGCAACAGUCCCAUCACUUUAGGUGGUAAAAAUUUCACUUUGAUGCAGCCACUGACCAGUUCUUCUACAUCUGACUGAGAGAGAGCAACGUCAAUGAGUAAUUAGCUCUUCAUUGUCAGAAUCAACCAUCUUGUUACACACGACACAAAUUCUUCACAGAACCACUUUUUCUAAAGCAACCAUCCAUCGACACAUUCUUUUUUAGGGGGGGAGGGGAGGGGCAACUAAGAAAGUGGCAAAGGUAAAUGUGGUCUUCAGGAAAACAAGCCUAGUCUUUAAUAGGCUGGCACAGUGGUUCCAAAUCAAGAGCUGUAAAAGAAUCCAGGGACAGUAAUUCGCCCUGUCUCUUCCCCUACUCUUUCAUAUACUUCUGACAGACUGCAAGUUUGUUGCAAAUGGCAAAAAAAAAAUCGAAAGUAGCUAACACAUCACUACAGCACCAUCAAAUGAAAAGGCAGUUAUCACACAUUAUUGUUAUGUGAGGCAAUUGUUAUUCUUCUGAUCUGUUAGGAUGUGAGAAAUUAUCUUAAACUUUAUGCGAUCAUCUUUUGUGAGGUUUUGCACUUUGUUAACCAAUAAUAUAGCAAUAAAUUUCAAAAUGUGAAACCUGGAGAAGUCCUAAUGUGCUAUAUGAUUUCAUGUGGUACCAGUCUCUAUUGAAAUGUCAUUUAAGUUUAAUUUUCUCCAGACAGCUAACUCUGUUCAAAAAGGACAUUUAUCUUGCAAAAUUUAAAUACUGGUCCAGGUUUUCCACUUCUUCCUUAGAAACGCCUUGAACUGUAAGUGUGAAUUACUUCCAGAGAACCUAAUAUGACUAAGGUUUCUUUUUCAGUCUGUCUUAGAACAAUCAGUUUCCAUACAGCAAGGGAACAUUACACCUUUAAAUCAAUGCCUUGUUAGGUUUUUGUUUCAUUUUAUAUAUCCAGCUGUUAGCAAUGGUGUAUGAGGGUACAAUUUUUUUCUGAACAUGCCUCUAUUGUGUCAUACUGCAUAAAUGAACAUCAAACUUUAUCUCUCUUUUUGUCUGCAUCUUACCCACACCUAAAAUUUAAAUGACAAAGAUCUUCUCUCUCAUUGUGACUGUGUAGUCAUUGAAAAGCUUAAUUCCUUAUUUUUCCUGACAUGAACACAUGAAAAUAGCAAAAUUCAUAGUGUGGUUAUCAUUAAAUGAAUAACAGCGAUGGUUGUGCAUGACAGUGGCCUAGUGACUAGUCGAUUCUGUGAUGAAUCAAAUUAGAUUUGAUGAACAGGAUGAACUAUUUUGUUGUAAAAGAAAUAUAUUCUAAACAAAAGAUAUUCAUUACACUCUAUUCACAGGACUGUGGGAUGAAAAGUAUUACAACAAUAUUUAUGGACAUCGUUACAUCUGCUUGGCAAGUCAUGCCAUAUUCUUUUCUAGAGGUGAUAGGGAUGCAAAACAUAUUUUUGUAAGACUUAUUGAAGAAAAAUACAUUGCAUUUUCCAAGAUGGUGCUCACAUGAGAUAUGAAUUACUUGAUCUCAGUGAAGAGCAAGAAUAUGCUCCCUUAUCAACUGAAAAUAACUUACCUAAUUUCGAAUAGAAUGCUUCUAUUUGUAUUGACUAAUUUACUGUCUGGGAACCUGAAGAUAUGUACUUAGUAAUACUAAUCAGUGUCCAUUAUACAUUUUGCGUAUCUAAACGUCCAGUGUUGAAAAGUAAUAAAACUGAGUACCAAGUUGUUUUAAUCUCCAGCAUUUAUAACAGUGAUAUUCCUUUACACCUUCAUGUUAACAAGUACCAUAUAAGAUGUCUAAACAAAACAAAAAACACAAAAGAAUUUCAUAAUGCCAAAAUGGAUGUUGUGACAGAUAAUGCUGUAAAAUAAUCAAUUGUGGAUUCAAAUGUGAAUGUUAUUUUGAACACCAUCCUGUGCACUAAAAACUCAAUGGUUGAAUUUUUAUUUGACAUCUGCCUAUUCCUGAGAUUUUUGUACUUGUAGAUGUAAGAGCAAGCUGAAAAAGUUCUCCACUUAUCCAGAGAUGACACUGAUAUCAACACAAUUUUGGUGUUGUUUGUGUGGCUUUUUAAAGCAAAUGUAUUGUAUGAAUUCAUUUAAAUUUGUAAGCUGACAUAAGGUGAUGUCAUAAUUAUGGGGGCCGUUCAAUAAAUAAUAAUCAUAAUUUUUUUUGACAACAUACAUUUACCUACAUACCUAAUUUUGAUAGUCCUUCUCAAAGUAGUCUCCCAUGAAUGUGAUGCACUGUGUUUCUGCUGGAAACCAUUAUUUGAGAGAUCCUUCAAAGUCACCUCUGCAGCCUUCACCACUGCUUCUGACGAUUGAUAAUGCCUCCCACGAAGGCGUUUCUUCAUGUUAGGGAGUAGAAAAGAGUCACAUGGGGCUAAACACGGACUAUAGGGAGGGUGAUGGAUGCACUUCACAUUGAUUUUUGCUAGAUAUUCAGCAACAACAUUGGCAAUACGCGGCUGCGCAUUAUAGUAGUGCUGCAUCCAGCCUGCUUCACGGAAAUGAGGUCUUUUGCGCCUGAUACGUACUUGCAACGUUUUCAGGACAUCCCUGUAGUAUUGUCCAGUUACUGAUACGUGUGCAGAUACAACAUGCUGAUAAACCAUUCCAUAAUUAUCAAAGAAUGAUAUGACCAUAACUUUCCCAGCAGAAACCACCACUUUUGCUUUUUUGAGGAUUGGUGAUGAAGGAUAUUUCCAAACUGUGCUUUGCUGUUUGCUUCCUCUAACAUAAACUGUAACUGCAUACAGACCUGCAUGCGAAUGUCCUUUUGUUCGGGAAUCAACAUUCUUGGUACCCACCACGCACAAACACGUAUCACGUGUAAUUUUUCUGUCACCAACGUCUGGGUGGCACUCAAUGAAAUGUUCAGUACUUCAGAAAGUAAUCUUAAGGUAAUUCGUCGAUCCUCUCUCACAAUUACAGCAGCAGUGUUGAUGUUUUCUUCUGUAAGAGCAGUAACUGGAACACUGGGUCCACCUUUGUUUCAAAUUGACUGCCUCCACUCUUUAAACAUUUUAAACCACCUUCGAGCUGUGCUGUAGGGAAGAACAGACUCUCCAUAGGCCUCCUGUAACAUCGUAUAGGCCUCAGCUGAAGAUUUGUUGAGACAGAAGCAGAAUUUCAAAGCUGCAUACUGUUCCUCGUGUGUUACCCACAUUGCAGUGGCAGGAGUUACUGAAUAUGUCUGACCUUGCGUGCCUCUCACAGGCGGGAACCAGGAGUCCCAACAAUGAAACUACUACAGCAUAUUUAUUACACAUUCAGCUAACAGAAUAUCAUAAGGUUAAAUUUUAGCGUGAGAAAUUAUGACCAUAAAAAAUUAUGAUCAUUCUUUAUUGAACAGCCCUCAUAUAAUUAUAAGCUUUCUACUGUUCCAGCAGAAUAUUAUCUAAUGGCUAAAAUUUUGAUCCUGCUGACUCAUUUCCAACAAUUAAGCAACAGAUAUCUAAAUUCAAAGCUAGCAAUAUUUCUCUUCAAGAUUUUCAACAUGAAGAAUUUCCCAAACUUUCCACCACAGAUGGAAGUACCAAAAAGUGCACAAUCUGAUAUUGAAUGAGCAGUGAGUAUAAGUGUAUCACAAUGCUGAAUCCGUAAGUAUAUCAGAAGAGAAAGUAAAGUAAAUUUUAAAGGAGUAGUUAACUGUGAGACAAGUUUAUGCAAGGUGAGUGACAUUGUGGUAUGCUGAGCAGUGGUAAAUUGCUAAACUAAUUUCCCAGGAAUGUGUAGACCAUUUAAAAAGAAUCCAGACUGAUUUUGUGUUCGUCUCUAUUACUAACAAGAAGAGGACCCCAGUGGUUGGAUCGAUUUUAUGCAACCACUUAUAUGGUAGUGUAGUUUGGGACCUCAGGUAUCACAUGCCAAAGCCAUUCACCCUGGUGGGCCUUCGUUUACUAGUAAAUGAUGAAAAAAAUUUAGCCUGGUACUCUAGAGCAUUAUAAUUAACAGUAUUAUUCCGACUGCCGUUGUAGAAAAACUGGUAGCAUACUAUUAUUGUACACUGACGAAACGUGUUGCCAAAUUAUUCCAAGGAGACAUGUACAAAACAGUAAACGGAAAGGUACCGACAAAUCAAAGACUGGUGGAGAUAAAACUCGUCGCAACUGAAAGUGUGACAUAUGUGCCUUGACAGACACCCUCGAGCAAUGACACCAGGAAAGCAUGCCAGCAAAUGAUAGUUCCCUUCAACAGAACAGCGCCGGGAAGGAUCGUAGUGGAAGUAAUCACUGUCCCAACUGUUCCGACGAUCCAAGAGAUUGUCGACUCUCAGCACACACCAUCGUAGCGAGGUAGCAGCACGACCACCUGGCCUACCUGAUGGACCUCUGAGAGGAGAAUAAGAGGACACAACAGUACAGGAGCUACCAUUACAGCUUCAGAAACUUCCUCCAAAUUCCGUUGCAGACAGCAAUCGGCAUUGACAAUCAGCACAGCCACUAGCCAUCCCACCACAAUCAUCCUAAGACAGAAGCGUGCAGUGACAAGUAAAAAACUGCAAUAGAAAAAAAAAUUAUUUCUCCUCUCACCCCAGAUCGUUUACCUUCAUCAAGUAUAACAACGUGAAGCGCUCUUCAUAGAGAAGUUAGUGAUUACAAAGUGUGCUCCCUCUAGAACAUUGCUCAUCUCCAUAAUUUCAAAUCAGAGUCCAAAGUACUUCCAAAGGUACUACCAGUGUUUCUAAAUGUGUCAAAUGCUGCAAUGUGAUGCUUGUCCACACAAUAAAACACACUCCCAUGCCGGAAAUAAGCACAUGGCAAAUUCCAAGCUCUUCCUUUUUUGUGUGUGUUAGAAAUGCAUCCUUUCCUUCCUCUCAUGCAGUGUCGCAUCUGAUCCAGCUGCAAUUGAUUUUAUGCUUUAUAUUGCGACAGCAUAAAUGCUUCACUUAGUGAUAAGAUCUGCACCUCAUAUACCAAGAAAAAAAAGGAAUUCUUUUUCUAUUACUUCUCCUUCUCUUCACUUCACUAUUACAUAUAAAAUUUUGAAUUGUAUUUUUGGUUAUAGGCUUUACUAUGUAUACUUUACAAUGUAUAGUCCCAUUCUCCUCUCUGCUUGUUGUAUAUUGCGGUAUCGUCUUUCAGUUUAUGUUAUUGUUUGUACUACAUGCGAACAUUUUCUUCCACCGGUCUGCUCCAUCUGUCAUAAUAAUGUUUCUCUCAUACUUCCCAACUAACAGUGCUGCCUAAAGAACAUAAAUCAGAUCACCAUGCACACUGUGCCUGUGGCAUCAUAAAGUGCAUCACACAUACUAUAGCUCAAUUCAAUGAUCAUUGAUGUGUUGACAUUAGACAUACGUUUCUUAUGACUGUCCUGUUGUGAUUUAUCUGCAAAAAUACGAAAAAUGGCCAUGGAAACAGACUUGAGGAAGAAAAUUGUAGGAAGAUCAAAAAGAAAUGGAAUGUAAAGCCGAAAACUUCUAAAAAUGACAGUAAAUGUGUACCAGCUUGAUAAAUCUACA